AUGGGGGGUGGCUCGUCAAAGAUCUUGGAUCCAGAGGAAGUGUCCGAGAUAUCAUCUGAAACUGGGUUUUCUGCCAAGCAAAUACACCGACUAUACAACCGUUAUACUACACUCGACCGAUCCAAAGCAGGAUAUUUGAAACGUCAAGAUUUUCUGCUCAUACCUGAGCUGGCUAUAAAUCCUCUGGGUGACCGUAUUAUAAACGAAUUCUUCAAGGGCGGAGAGGAGCUGAACUUCCGAGAAUUUAUGCAAAAGGUGGCACGUUUUCGAAAGCCGAAUUCUAGUGGCGUGACUGAGUACAAUAAUCGUGAGGCCAAGCUGCGGUUCCUCUUUGGCAUGUACGAUCUUGAUGUCGAUAACCGAAUCUCCCGAAGUGAGCUGCUAAGUGUUCUGCAGAUGAUGGUCGGAGCUAGUGUCACAAUGGAGCAGAUUAAUAGAAUUGGUGAACGAACAAUGGCUGAGGCGGACGUUGAUGGUGAUGGAUACAUCACCUACGACGAAUUCAAAGCGGUAAGAAAUCAAAUUUGCAUACUUUGUUUUAUGCAUUCGGUUUGUCUUGUGAAUUUAGUGGUAGUAAGGUAG